AAAAUCGCAACUCUUGUUUAUAAUUUUCUUGGUUAUAAUCGAAAAGCAAAAAGACAAGUCAGCUCCAUCUUUCCAAUAAUCCUCUCUCCUUGAUCAAUCGCAAUAUCGAAAAACUCUUUUAGCCUUUUAUGCCCUUUAGCUUUGUUCUAGAGCCAAUACUACAGGGAGACUCACACUUGCUUCAAAUAAUUUAAUUAUUUUCGGCUCUUCUUAUAAAAAUGUCUCCAGUUCGAGGAGCCAUGGCGUUAGCAUCCACCACGUUGCCAGCGAAGACCGGAUUGUCUCUUUGGUGUCCCACUUCUCCCUCCCUCGCUCGCCGUCAUCCCGCUCGGUUUUCUCCGAUUGGUUCCAGAAUCGCCUCCAGAGGCGUCGUCACUGCUUCCUUCGCCAACGAGAAUCGCGAGUUUGUGAUAAUUGGGGGAGGAAAUGCGGCGGGGUAUGCAGCUAGGACCUUUGUAGAAAACGGAAUGGCCGAUGGUCGCCUUUGUAUUGUCACCAAAGAGGCUUACGCGCCUUAUGAGAGACCUGCCUUGACAAAAGCUUACUUGUUCCCUCCAGAGAAGAAGCCUGCUCGUCUUCCAGGGUUUCAUACUUGUGUUGGAGGUGGUGGAGAGAGGCAAACACCAGAUUGGUACAAGGAGAAAGGGAUUGAGAUGAUAUAUGAAGAUCCAGUGACUGGAGCUGAUUUUGAAAAGCAAACCCUCACAACAAACACUGGGAAGCAGUUGAAAUAUGGAUCCCUAAUUAUCGCUACAGGGUGUACAGCCUCUAGGUUCCCAGAUAAAAUUGGUGGAAACUUGCCUGGGGUUCACUAUAUUCGGGAGGUUGCAGAUGCUGAUUCACUUAUUUCAUCUCUGGGAAAGUCAAAGAAAGUUGUCAUUGUUGGUGGUGGCUACAUUGGCAUGGAGGUUGCUGCUGCUGCUGUUGCGUGGAACCUAGAUACAACGAUUGUAUUCCCCGAAGAUCAGCUUUUGCAAAGACUGUUCACUCCAUCACUUGCUCAGAGAUAUGAAGAACUCUACCGUCAAAAUGGUGUUAAGUUUGUCAAGGGCGCUUCGAUAAAUAACUUAGAAGCAGGUUCGGAUGGGCGUGUAACAGCUGUUAAGCUUGCCGAUGGGUCUACAAUUGAGGCAGACACGGUUGUGAUCGGAAUUGGAGCUAAGCCUGCUAUUGGCCCCUUUGAAACUUUGGCCAUGAACAAAUCUAUUGGAGGUAUUCAGGUUGAUGGCUUGUUCAGGACAAGUACCCCUGGCAUUUUUGCUAUUGGAGAUGUUGCAGCCUUCCCAUUGAAGAUAUAUGAUCGGAUGACCCGAGUUGAACAUGUUGAUCACGCCCGCCGUUCUGCACAACACUGCGUGAAAUCUCUGCUCACCGCACACACUGACACAUACGAUUAUCUCCCGUAUUUCUACUCCAGAGUAUUCGAGUAUGAAGGCAGCUCAAGAAAAGUUUGGUGGCAGUUUUAUGGGGAUAAUGUGGGAGAAACAGUUGAAGUUGGCAACUUCGAUCCCAAGAUCGCUACCUUCUGGAUUGAUUCUGGCAGGUUGAAAGGUGUUCUUGUAGAAAGUGGUUCUCCAGAGGAGUUUCAGCUUCUCCCAAAGCUAGCAAGAAGUCAGCCAAUUGUCGACAAGGCUAAACUCGCCAGCGCAUCUUCAGUGGAAGAAGCCCUCGAGAUUGCUCAAGCCGCUCUACAGAGUUAAGAGAGUUGAUGAAUUUUAUAAUAGCUUUCGGUUUCAGAGAAAGCAAGCAAGAAACAUCUUUAUUCUCGGUGAAAGUAUUCAUCUUUCCAUUGAAAAUGGUUUUAUAGAGAGCACUCUUGUCAAUAAUCUGCAUGAAUAAGUUGUCGCCUCUUUUUCAGAAUUCAUAUUUUGCUCAUAACAGAGCUUGCUCCACAUAAAUUCGCAUGAUAGUCUAAUAUUGAGAUUUAAAGUUUUUUUUUUAA